AUGUCAGAAGGUUCAACCCCAAUUACAAAUUCACCAAUUUUUAUACAAACAAAGAGUGAGCCAACUUCACCUACACUCUCUGCAAGAUCUGAAUCUUCAUCAGACUCUGCCUCUCUUCCAGUAUCUUAUGAUGGAGCUUUUGCACCACCAUUAACUUUAGGUCAUCAAAAUAAUGAUCUUAGAAGAGUUAGAAAAAAUGCUGCUCAUUUAAGUGAGGAAGAAAGAAAUAAAUUCCUUGUUGCAAUUGUUGGUUUAAAAAAUAAAUAUCCAAAUAAUUGUAAAUACUCUGUCUAUGAUCAAUUUGUAAUAUUACAUAUGGGUGCUGUUUCACUUGCUAGAAAAUCUGAAUAUGAUGAAAAAGAUUUAGAUGUUUAUAAUAAUAAUAAAUUAAAAGUUGAUCCAGGUCACGGUAAUCCAGCAUUUUUAUCAUGGCACAGAAUGUUAUUAAAUAAAUUUGAAAAAGCAUUACAAACAAUUGAUCCAUCUGUUACUUUACCAUAUUGGGAUUGGACUGAUAGAGAUGCUUCAGCAAAUAAUAUUUUUAUUAAAGAAUUUAUGGGUGGUAAUGGUGGUAUUGAUGGAUUAGGUGGUAAAUUAGUUAACUCAGUUUUUACAAGUGAAAAUGGAUUUUAUGUUAGAGAAGAAUUACAUAAAGCAUCUAAAGCUGAAAAUUCGUUAGGUAAUACUGUUGUUAGAUAUUUAGGACCAUUUGACUUUUUAGCAACACCACAAAGUGAAUUUAAAGAAUUUAUGUGUUCAAAUACUUUUAGUCCAAGUGCAGUUAUUAUGGAUCCAUCAACAAAAAGAGUAAAACCAGCCGAUGAUACUAAUAGAGGUUUUAGAAUUGGUGUUGAAGCUGGUUUAAAAGCUCAUAAUCCAACUCAUGAUUGGUAUGGUUAUGGUUCUGGUGCUCAAAUGCCACAACAAUUACAAGUUGAUCAAGGUAAAGUUCAAGGUGAAGAUCCAGCCAAUGUUGUAUGGAAAACCCAAGAAAUCUAUUCAAGUAUUUCAACAAUGACAAAUGUUGCAUGUUCUAAUAAUGAUCCAAUCUUUUGGUUACAUCAUUGUAAUAUCGAUAGAUUAUGGGCAGAUUGGCAAGAUCAAGGCCACUUUGGAGAUAUGUAUUUCCCAAAGAAAGGUCGUGAUUCAUUCCAAGUCGUUAAUGAUAAAACCGCCGAACCAUACUCUUAUCCAUGGGGUCAUAAUUUAGAUGAUCCACUUUGGCCAUGGGAUAAUUCACUUUCAUUCACUGUACCAUGGUUACAAGAAAGUUUACCAAUUAGUUACUCUUACUAUGAAUCAAAGGAUGUUAUUGAUUUUAGAUCACUUGGUUAUCAAUAUGAUACAAGUUCAACAAUUGCAUUCAAUGCUAAACCAGUUAAAGCAUUCCCAAAUGGUCAAAGUAAACAAGUUUUCAAAUUUACCAUUGGUUCAAUUAAAGCUCAAAAUUAUUACUUUGUAUUCAAUUCAAAUGGUAAUGCUAAAAUCAAUGAUAUUUCAAUUCAUACUCAAUAUAAUGAAAAUGAUAUUAAUGAAUGGGAUUUCCAAACUAAAGGUUUUACUGGUUCUCAAUUAAAUAAACCACCAGUUAAACAUACCAAAGGUGAUACAAUUGAUAAGGUUUCAUUUGAAGCAAAGAGAGGUACCUAUUAUGUUGUUGUUUCAAGUAAUGGUAAUGCCGAUAUUAAUUCAUACUAUACAAUUGCAAUUAAAGAUAGUGAUCCACAACUUUUACAAACUGGUUAUCAAGGUAUCAUUAGUUUCGGUCUUAAAGAAACUGAUCCAACAAUUCAAGAAAAAGAUGUUGUUGCUAAAAUUAAAGGUACUAAAGAAUUCUUCUUUGUAUACGUUAAAGAACUUUGCAAUUUAAGCUUCAAAGUUAAAGGUAUCGAUGCGUUAAUUCAAUUAAUUGGUCCAUCAACUUCAACUGAUAUCAUUGGUCUUGAUGAAGGUUGUUGUAAGAAUAAAUGUCCAGCAGUUGCAGCAACUCUUACACCAGGUCAUUAUUUAAUUCAACUAUUCCAUUGUAGUUUCAAUGAUCAAAUUGGUAGAACUGGUAAAUUAGAAAUUAAAUAUUCCACUGAUAAUGUUGAAAAGAAGGUUAAAACUAUUAAACCUGGUUCAUCAAUAACAGAGAGAAUUCCAGAAUCUGGUACAGUUUUAUAUAAAAUUCAAACUGAAAGUAAUACAGUCGAUACAUUAUAUGUAUUUAGAGUUGGUUUACAUUCAUUCUCAAGUUGCACUGAAGUUAAUACAUCAGUUUAUGAAACUGUAACAAAAACAACUGAUCCAUAUGGUUAUGAUUGUGUUUCAUCUGUUAUCGCAUCUGGUAAACAAGAAUCAAUCUGUGAUCUUCAAAAUUCAAUUGAUAAUACAAAAACUUAUUAUGUUCGUGUAUCAUUCCCACAAGCUCCUCAUAUCGAUUCAACUGAUAAAUUUACUCUUAAAUUUAAAGCAUUUUAA